GGUGGGGGGGGUCGACGGCAGCGCCGGUGUAUCCGGGCGGCGGAGCGGAGUGGGGGCAGAGGGAAGCGAUGAGAAGUUGAGGGAGGACGGAGCGAGGGAGCCCUCUCCUCUCCUCGGCCCGCCGGCGCAGGGGCAGCCCCAGCCCCGCAGCAGGUGCAGCAGAGCCUGGGCGGAGGGGACAGGCGGGCCCGGCGCCGCAGCCGGAGGGGCUCCGGCGGGAGCAGGGCCUCACAGCGGGGCCGGACGGAGCCGCGCAGCUCCCCCCCCCCCGCCCCCGCCCCGGGCCCGUUCGGCUGAAGGCAAAGAGCGGCGAGCGGAGCUCCGAGCGGCGGCUCGCUCCGGUCUUCAGCUCAUUACACCAGAGGCAGCGACGCGGAGAAUCGGCCCUAAAGGGAGAGCGCUAUGAAGCCGUACGCUCCAGCUUUCAUUCUCCUGUGGAGUGCUGUCGGGAUAGCGAGGGCUGCCAAAAUAGUUGUUGUGCCGCCAAUUAUGUUCGAAAGCCAUCUUUAUAUUUUCAAGACUCUGGCCUCAGCCUUGCAUGACCAAGGUCACCAGACAGUGUUUCUCCUCUCUGAGGGCAGAGAGAUUCCUCCAUCUAAUCACUAUAGACUUCAGCGCUACCCAGGGAUCUUUAACAGCAGCACCUCGGAUGAUUUUCUCCAGUCCAAGAUGAGGAGUAUCUUCUCGGGGAGACUGACAGCCCUCGAACUGUUCGAUAUCCUGGACCACUAUUCCAAGAACUGCGACAUGAUUGUGGGCAACCGAAACCUCAUGCAUGCUCUGAAACAGGAAAAAUUUGACCUGCUCCUGGUAGAUCCCAACGAGAUGUGUGGAUUUGUUAUAGCUCAUCUUUUAGGGGUUAAAUAUGCCGUCUUUUCCACUGGCCUCUGGUAUCCGGCAGAAGUGGGUGCUCCAGCUCCCCUGUCUUACGUUCCAGAAUUUAACUCACUGCUCACAGAUCACAUGAACCUAUUUGAGAGGAUUAAAAAUACUGUUGUUUAUCUUAUUUCAAGAUUCGGAGUCAGUUUUUUGGUUCUGCCAAAAUACGAAAGGAUAAUGCAGAAAUACAAGGUUCUGCCAGAACGGUCCAUGUAUGACUUGGUUCAUGGAUCCAGCCUGUGGAUGCUUUGUACUGACGUAGCACUCGAGUUUCCAAGACCUACGCUACCCAAUGUUGUUUAUGUGGGAGGAAUCCUAACCAAACCGGCCAGCCCUCUGCCAGAAGAUCUCCAAACGUGGGUGAAUGGCGCUAACGAAAAUGGCUUUGUCCUCGUCUCAUUUGGAGCUGGAGUGAAAUACCUGUCAGAAGAUAUAGCAAAUAAGUUAGCACAUGCUCUGGCAAGACUGCCUCAGAGAGUUAUUUGGAGGUUUUCAGGAAACAAACCAAGGAAUUUAGGCAACAAUACGAAGCUUAUAGAGUGGUUACCACAAAACGACCUCCUUGGUCACUCUAACAUUAAAGCUUUUCUUAGUCACGGAGGUCUGAACAGCAUUUUUGAAACCAUGUACCACGGGGUCCCGGUGGUGGGGAUUCCCCUUUUUGGAGACCAUUACGAUACUAUGACUCGUGUGCAGGCCAAGGGCAUGGGAAUCUUGUUGAACUGGAAGACCGUCACUGAGAGCGAAUUGUACGAAGCCCUAGUAAAAGUUAUUAAUGAUCCCAGCUACCGACAGCGGGCCCAGAGGCUGUCUGAGAUUCACAAAGACCAACCUGGUCAUCCUGUUAACCGGACUGUAUACUGGAUUAAUUACAUCCUCCGCCACAACGGAGCCCAACAUCUACGUGCCGCUGUUUACAGCAUCUCUUUAUAUCAGUAUUUCUUACUGGAUAUUGCCUUUGUUGUACUAGUGGGUGCUGCCUUACUUUAUUAUAUUUUGGCCAGGAUAACAAAGUUUAUCCGCAAACAAAGCAAACAUCUUUGGUCAAAUGAUGAACAUAGCGCUGUCAAUGGACAUUACCAGAAUGGGAUACCAAAUGGCAAGUAUAGAAGAAAUGGCCACAUUAAGCAUGAAAAAAAGGUGAAAUGAGCCAACAGCCCCAUGUAAAGUAGUAAUGAAUCAGAUCAGUAAUCGAAUUUUAUCGCUGUAACUUAGUCUAACAACUACUUAAAACCUCAAUAAGCAGUUCUAACACUCCCCUUCAGUAUGUAAUAUUAUGUGACAAAAUUCUAUGGAACUAAGAAAAGUCUUUAAAAAAAAAAAAAAAAAAAAAGGCAAGCACAACCUAAAAUGGAAAAAUAUUUUAUUCUUAAUACUGAUGCAGAGAGGUUAUUUUGGCACUGAAGUUUUUAGAAGCCUUAAUUCUCUAAAGUUAUACAAUGACCGUAUUUAUGAAUUUUCAGUUUUUAAAAGCUAAAUGUGUGUGUCCCAAAUGAGGAGAGGUUUCUUUUUAUUUGCAGAGGUUUUUUCCUUUUAUGUUUUUAUUAUUUUAAUAUAUCCAUCUUUUAGCUGAAAGAACUUUAGUGCUAGUUCUGUGUUUCCUUUGUGGAAGGUUCAACAUGUUGUGGAAGAAUGCUGUUUAAAAAAAAUUAAUUUUUCCCAGUCUUUGUGCAAGAAAUAGCAAGUUGCGGACUGAGAACACAGACAUUAACAAAAAAAAAAAGAAAACCCAAAAAAGCAAACAAAAAAUGUUAAAAUGAGCACUGAAGAAAAAUGGCAAAAAUAUGUAUUCGUUUUACUGAUAAGCUGCAUGACUCUUCUGCUCGCUACCAGUACUUUGGAGAAAAGGGUCUUGAGCAAGUCUACAAUAUGUCCUAAUGUUUAAUUUCUACAAAAUAUUAUUUGUUGCCUUUCUCUGCAUAUAUAUACUUUAUGCCAUGAAAAUAUUAGGGAGUUUUAUUUCAGUUUAAAAUACGGCUGUGUGGGACGUAGAUUUGCAUAAUUAAGAAAAAUAAAUGAAACAAACAACAGCAACAGAACGCGAAGGUCUAGCCCUGUGCUCAACGCAGAAGGUUUUGUAAUGGCCCAGAGCUGUGCAGAAUCCAACCACUAUUUGGGGUUUGUUUAAAAAAAAAAAAAUAAACAGUGAACAACAAACACACCCCACGCCCCUCCCUCCAAAGUUGAAUGUCUAUCCUAUUAAUUCUCAUUAAGUUCUUUCGAAAUCGCAGUGUUGUAGAUGUUCUCUUUCAACGGUUGUAUCUGGAAAAACAUUACCUUCUCUUAGUCUGGGCCACGCAAUCCAUGUUUCACGUAGUUGCCAAUAUGAAUUCUCGGGACGGGGGACGGGCGGCUGCUCCCCGGGUGGGUGCCCAGCCUGCCUGCCGGGGGGCUGCCGGGACGCGGGGGGUGAAGCCCGGCCGCCCGAGCGCGAGGUUUGCAGAGGGGGUCGUCUCCCCCUUCCCCCCGCUGCGGCCCCUCCCUGCAACAAUCUCUCUCAAUCAUUGUCGCCGACAUGGGAUGCUGGCGGUGGUCUGCACCGAGGGCGGGGAUGCAGGGCGCUGGGCAUAACGAAAAAAAAAAAAAAAAACAAAAAACAAAAAAACCACCAAACAAAAAAAAUCAUAACUGCCCUGCUGAACCAAGGUUGGCAACUAUGAGUUUAUUUCCAUGUCGUUCUGUUUACUUGGAAUUUGCACUACACAUGUUGUGAGUGUAUGCUUUAUUUAUUUGAAAUCCCAUGCCUGAAAGAGAAAGGAAAGAAAUCCAUUUACCUAGUGUUGCUCACUAACACGGGAAGGGUUGUGAUGAUUACAGGAUGCUGAGAUCAUCUUCAUACACAGUGAUGCAAUAUUUCACUAUCAUUCCAUCAGGAGCCUCUAUCCUCUAGCAAUAAAUAACAGUACAGAUACGUUUCUAAUAUACAGUACAGCUACUUGUACUGCUUUCUGAAUACUUGAAGAAAAUGGUAUUAUAAAUAAGCCUGUUAGCUAUACCUUUUUACAAUCUUGCAGCUUGUGGCAACUAAAGGAGCACACAGAGGCGAUGAGUGGUGGGAUGGUAUUAAGACUUCGAGUGUAUGAAUGACUUGGUUUAAAUGUUGGUUGUUGUUUUUUUUUUUUUUUUUUUUGGCAUUGAAGAAGGUACAAAAGCACUGACCGGAUGAUUAAGCAUAAUUUAAUCUCCACUGUGAUAAAACUUAAGCAAUAAACAUGGAUUUAAUAGAGAAA